UUAGUUCAGUUUUUACAGAAAUAGUAGAGAGAUAGUGGGAUCAUGGUUUGUAAACCUUAAACCACACUUUCCUGCACAACAACAAUCUGCAGAGAUAUUCUCUGUAAAGCAGGUAUGUGAUUUUCAGCUGCAAGGAACUUUUUUUUUCCACAAUGUUGUUUAUUUGAUCGUGCAUCCCGUGUUGCCCUCUGCUUUUCACUUGGGUGAUCAAGAGUUCUGUGAAGUGCAGGGCUUGUCAUGAGCCAUUUUGUGACUCUUCAUGUUUUUGGGGCCAGACUUCAGCCAGCAGGGAUGGAGAGGCUGGAUCUGCUGAGGAAUUGUUGGGUGUGCAAAUGGGAGCUGCGGAGGAGGGAGCCCAGGAUGCUCCCGUGCCUCCAUUCCGUCUGUAAGGACUGCCUGCCACACCUGAUCCAAGGAUACAGCUGCAUUCCCACUGACUAUGAGGUCCUCUACGAAGGUAUCCUUUCCUGCCCUGUGUGCAAACAGACCUGCUUUGCAAGGGAUGUAGUUGAGAAUUUCUUCCUCAAGGACUUUCCCAGUGGUGAUUCAGCUAUGGCAAAGAGCUGCUCCAUGUGCAAAGAGAAGAGACCUGCCCACAGCCUCUGCACAAGAUGCAAUAAGUGGCUGUGCAGCUCCUGUACAGAGGAGCACAGACAUGGCAAGGAGCCUGGAGAACUCUUCCUGCCUGUGUCCCUGAAAGGCUGCACAGCAGCUGGAGACGAAGCAAGGGAGUUGUCCUUGUUCUGUGUGGUGCACCCCCAGGAGGCACUGAAGGUGUUUUGUGAGACCUGUGACACCCUGACCUGCCACAGCUGCCUGCUGGCAGAGCACAAGGAGCACAGGUUCAGGCACCUUGAGGAAGCUCUGCAAAACCAGAGAAUUAUCCUGGAGAAUGUCAUAACUAAGGUGGAGGAGAAAAAAAAUGGGAUUCAGGUUUCAGCCAAACAGAUCGAAGACAGGCUGCUUGAAGUCAAACAUCUGUACAAAAAGGUGGAAAACCAAAUUAAAAUGGCCAAGAUGAUUCUGAUGAAUGAAAUUGAUAAACGAACAAAUAUCCUCCUUGAACAACUGGAAAAGAUCACCAGUGAGAGGAAGCAGAGGCUGGAGCAGCAGCUGCAAGGUGUUGUGGUUUUAGGCAGGCAGGUGGAACACGUCCAGAACUUCAUCAGCUGGGCUGUGUGCAGCAAAAAAACCAUCCCAUUCCUCUUCAGUAAGGAGCUGAUUGUGUUUCAGAUCCAGCGCUUGCUGGAGACAAACUGCAACACAGACACGGGCCCUCCUCUGAAGAUCAGGUUCACUUGGGAUCCCUCCUACUGGACUAAGCAACUCUCCAAUUUGGGGGGUUUCACAAUGGAAGGACACGUUUCUCACCCAGAUGUGCUGCUCUGCGGGAGCACCCAAGGGCUGCAGCCCUCUCUGUUCCAGGGGCAGCCCUGCCCAGCCCCACAUCUGGAGAGCAGCCAGCCGCACCAGUUCCCUCCGGCGCUGCCCUGCUCCGCGCCGCCGCGCUGCUCCCACUGCCUCAGCAUCCCUCACCCGGCCACAGCCCAGCCUGCCUACCGAGACAUCCACCACCACAGCUUCCACCAGCCUCCUGCCCUUCACCAGCAGCACUUCCCCCCGCAGUACAGCCUGCAGCAGCAGGACAGGGACCCCCGGGCUGUCCCCCAGCCCGCCAAGGUGCCGGAGCCGCAGCCGCGCUCGGAGCCGGAGAGGCUGGGAAAGCCAUUCCCGCCCCAGCAGCUGCAGCAGGGCUGUGCUGCUGGGCCCCACGAGGCUCAGCAGGCUCACAGCAUCCUCCCCCAGGCUGCCCUGCAGGCAGCAGCUGUGGGGGUGCAGCUGGGCCCCCCGCAGAAGGUGAAAUCCGGCCGUGCGCCGCCGGCAUCGCCCCAGCCCGGGCGCGACGAGAGCGCCCACAAACAGGUGAUCCAGCAGAGCCUGGACCUCAUGCACCACCAGCUGGAGCUGGAGGAGAUGAAGAAGGAUCUGGAGCUUCUCCUGCAGGCCCAGGGACAGCCCAGCCUGCAGCUGAACCAAGCCAAGGCGCCCCAGCACGUUCAGCAGACUAUAGUUGGUCAGAUCAACUACAUAGUGAGGCAGCCAGCCCCAGCACAGCAGCCUGUCCCAGAGGAGGCACAGGUGUGUGAGGGCUCCACAGAAGCUGAAGUCCAGAAGCCUGUCAUUCCUCUGGACAAAAGUGACAGUCCCUCCCUGCCACAAUCACUAGAUGAAGAUGCCAGUGUCAGGAGCCACUCCCCUGAGAGCAUCCUGCAGCAAUCUACUUUCCAUCCAAGAAAGCGUUCAGCAUCCUUAAGCCUUGUGGGCUUUCCAAACAGCACAGAAAUGGAAUUAUCUCCAGUGAGGUUACCUGACCCACAGGUGAAAGGUGCAGCCUGUGGCACACUUGGCCCGUCCCAAGACGCCCUCUGUGAGUGUGACACUGCAGCAGAGCCCCUGCCCAGCCACAGCCUGGCCCUGGCCAGGGCUCCCAGUGACCCUGGGGCUCCUGCUGGCCUCACACCAGGUGAUGCACUCCAGGGAGGCACCAAAUGCAAGCUAGAAAAUGAAGACCUCAGUGCUGUGGAUUGUCUUCUAGAAAACAGCUUUGCUACUGCUGGGCAGGAGGUAGUUAAUGAAUUAACUCUUUCUAUGCAAAAAGUGAUGGAAGAACCUAUUAAUCUUUCAAUCAAAAAGUCUCAGCACUGCACUUCUCCUUCUGAACUGCUCAGCAACACUUCUUUCCUGCCUGUGAAUGCCAGAAUGAGACAACCUAGAAGCAAGGAAGAUUCCAAUAACUGUGAAAAGGAACAUUUUGAAAUGGAUAUGAAAAGCAAUCAGAAUGUCAGAGCUGUCCCCAAGGAGCAGAAGAUCCCCUAUGUGAGGCUGGAACGCCUGAAGAUAUCUGCCUCCGAGGUGGGGGAGCUGCCAGUGUUCAAACUCCAGCCCCAGCACAACGAGCAGGAGGGCAGUUUCCUCCUGGUGAUUGAGUGUGGGGCACGGUCCUCCAGCAUGUCCAUAAAGAUAAAUAAAGACAGUCCAGCUGAAGGACAGAAGUCCAAAGAGGAGAACUCAGAGGACAGGAGAUUUCUUAUCUCCCAGGCUUCAGGACAGGCUCAAUCUCCAUCUGCUGAUCAGAAGCUCAGCAAUGGCAUUUCCAGCAUGAAAAAAUCCCCAGUAACUCAGGAAGUCAGUCCAAUUGAAAAUGAGGAUUUCUGUGCUGUGUGUCUUAACGGAGGGGAGCUGCUGUGCUGUGAUCACUGCCCCAAGGUCUUCCAUCUCUCCUGCCAUGUUCCAGCCCUGCUCAGCUUUCCAGUGGGGGAAUGGGUGUGCUCUCUUUGCCGUAACCCAGCCAAGCCAGAGGUGGAAUAUGACUGUGAAAACACACGCUACAGCCACAGCUACAGUGCACACUAUGGCCUUGGGGACUGUGACCAGAAGAAGUGUGAAAAGCUGGUGCUUUCCCUGUUCUGCAGCAGUAUGAGCCUCCCAUUCCAUGAACCUGUCAGUCCCCUGGCUAGGCAUUAUUAUCAGAUCAUCAAAAGGCCAAUGGAUUUGUCCACCAUACGAAAGAAGCUGCAAAAGAAGGACAAGUCCCACUAUUCUGCGCCUGAGGAACUCGUCACUGACGUGCGCCUCAUGUUUUGGAACUGUGCAAAGUUCAAUUAUCCAGACUCCGAGGUUGCCGAGGCUGGGCGAUGCCUGGACGAGUUCUUUGAGGACAAACUGAAGGAGGUUUACCCAGACAGGCACUUCCCCUCGAUGCAGCAGGAUGACUCUGAUCCUGAAGACGUGGAGAGGCAGAGCAGCCAAGGGCCAUGCCAGGAUUUCCCGUGGCCGUCGCAGGGGCAGGAGUGCGUGCAGCCCAAGAGGAAACGGCGCCACGCUGUAAGACUGCAGAAGCAAAAGCAUCUGCUGGCUAAGUGGCCUCCCUGCUAACUCUGCUUGCAGCUACUGAGGGGAAGUUUUGGCAGGGCUGUCUGGGAAAACUGUCAAGCUUCCAUCACGGAUGUGUGAUCGGUUCCACAGUUUCGUGUCACGGUCCCUUGAGUGCACAGUUAUCUUCCUGGCAGAAAGCUCUGUCAAGGUUUGUAAAAAAGACUAAGCCUUUUAGCUAUUCAUUGUGUGUCUCCUUUGUACACAGGGAAGCGAAAAAACUAAAAGAGUGAUGUUUCAGCCAGCUAACAGCCUUCCUCAGGUAUGACCUCCCCAAGACGUGAGAUUUGAGGAAUCCAGCAGCAUGACUGGCAGAGUUCAGGUGUGUGGGAGGAAAACAAAGCGCUCGGGUGGUUUAUUUAAACUCUCCUAUUCUGCUGACCAUAUGCCUUAUUUCUACAUCUUGUGCAUAGACAACAGAUCCAAAAUCUGUUUAAAUCUGUCAAUAUUCCAUCUGUUAAAUCACAUAUAUGUUUCACAGUGUUUACACUGAAGUACUAGUGUCUUGGUCAUAGGUAAUGAUAAAUAAUAAUAAAAAUAACAUGCUAAUAAUACCUCAUACUGCAGUACUGCUUCAUCAUCUGUUCAGUGUAACAUCUCUAUUUUAUAGAGCACAGGUAACCAUGUAAUAAUCUUGCAACCUCAGUGUGAAUGUUGGCCGUGCUUUGUGACAAAUACAACAUGUAGCCAUCAAAGCUGUAAUCCUGUUGUCUUAUUCAAUGAUUUUUCUGGGAGUUUGGCUGCUCCAAAGCCUGUGAGAUAGGGUAUAAUGUGAUUAUCUGACUGGCUGUUUCUUUUGAGGCACACAUUUUCAUUAAAUCAGGAAAGAACAAGUGCUAAUAGUGCUAAUACAAGGGCUCUGUGGGAGCUGGUCCUCAGUGCAUACUGGGUGCUCUGUUUGCAAGGCAUCAUUCUCCUGGAAUCUAAUUCAUGCUUGGUAAAGCAGUGUGGGAUUUCUUAGCUCUCAAAGGCAGCAUUUUUGUACAACCAAGGCAGUUGUUUUUCUAUAAAGCAGAUAUUAGAAUUCAGCAAAUUAACUAUGGAGUGAAUUGCAUGGUUAUAGAAGUGCCUAUAAAAUAACGUCAUUUAUUUCUGAUUUUCUUUUUUGCUUAUUACCUGUAGUUGUGAUUGCCAGCAGUACUAGA